AUGUGCCUUCUCUGCCGAUGCUGCUUGCCCUCCUAUGAGGAAGCCAUGGAGGAUUCGUUUCCUCUAUACGACGAGGAAUUUACAUUUUUGCCCCCUCCGUAUUAUCCCGCGCCGCGAUUUGAGCCUCAACUGCCCGGAAUCGCCGAGGACUCCAGCGAAGAAGUGGAUGAGGCUCCGCCAUUUUUUGACGAUGUUACAUCCCCAGAAAUGAUUUAUAAUCCCUAUGAUCAUGGGGAGGAUUAUAGCACUUCUGAAGAUCGAUGGGAGCAAUUGGAGAGACUUGCGCAAACGGUGGAUUGGUCGAAAUUUGAAGAAGGUGAGUAAUCUCAAUUGUUUUUCCUAUAUUUUGCUUGACUUUUGUUCUCUUUUUGGUUUUUAUACCGAUUUUUGCAGAAGAAGCCAGAAGGAACCAAUAG